AAGAAAGAAUAGCAGUGCGUAAAAGUGAAAGAAGCUCCCGGACGCAGACAUGCGCUGGAAAAGUGAAGUCAAAGUCGAGUGUUGCAUCGUGAACGACACCGACAGCGGAUCUCUGCUGUCCAACGACGAUGAGGGCGCGCCGGUGGAAGUUCUGGAUGACGACGCGUCGUCCCUACAGGCGAUGGCAUCUGCGCCUCUGCUGGGGAGAACCGUGUGUGCGAGCUGCAACGAGGAAAUAGUGGAUAAAUAUUUAUUAAAGGUUAACGACUUGUGCUGGCAUGUGCGCUGUCUCUCGUGCAGCGUGUGCCAGACUUCGCUUGGCAGCCACACGAGCUGCUACAUCAAAGAAAAGGAGGUUUUCUGUAAACUCGAUUACUUUCGAAGAUACGGCACCUGGUGCGCCUGCUGCGGCCGGAACAUCCACUCCACAGACUGGGUCCGCCGGGCCAAGGGCAACGUCUACCACCUGGCCUGCUUCGCCUGCUUCUCCUGCAAGAGGCAGCUGUCCACCGGGGAGGAGUUCGCCCUGGUGGAGGGGAAGGUGCUCUGCAGGGUCCACUACGACUGCAUGCUGGACAACCUGAAGCGGGCCGUGGAGAAAGGCAGCAGCGUGAACAUGGAGGGAGCUGUGCCCACCGAGCAGGAGAUCAACCAGCCGAAACCCUCCAAGAGAGCCCGGACCAGCUUCACCGCUGACCAGCUGCAGGUGAUGCAGGCUCAGUUUGCUCAGGACAACAACCCAGACGCCCAAACACUGCAGAAGCUGGCGGAGCAGACGGGCCUCAGUCGAAGAGUCAUACAGGUCUGGUUCCAGAACUGUCGAGCUCGCCACAAGAAGCACGUGAGCCCCAACCACACCUCCAGCGCGCCCAUGACCUCCAUGCAGCCCAGCCGGCUGUCCCAGCCCACCCCGACCCCCGAGGAGCUGCAGUACACGGCCUACGGAGGCCCAGAGGGGUCCAUGCUCUCGGCGCUGCACUCCUUCAUAGACAUUCACUCUCCUCCCUCCAUGUUUCAACCGCUGCUGCCGGCCCACGCCAUGACCUCGCUGCCUGUGUCUCACGCCUGAGCUGCACACAAAAAAAAAAACACACACACACUCACACAAACACACAAAGCAUCCUCAGACUUCGCCAACGUUCGUCCGCCGCCACCAGCAGCAGCUGCAGUAUUCUGUAUUCAGUAUUCCAUGGUAAAUAUAAUUUGAUUUUCAGUGAACCAUAAAAAACCUUUUCUCUCUUCUCAAACCGCCGGUAACUCAUCACCACAUGUUUAUAUAUUGUUUUAAAAAUUCUGGACGGUUCUGACUUGCUGUCCUGAAUGUACUGUACGACGUGGAACCGGAAAGGUCUCGGUGUACCUCAUAGGAUGGUGACACAUGACAUUCUAGAUUUCUAUUAUUUGUUUGUGUAGUUGGUGACAAAGUUUGACCGUGCUCCUCUACGUGAAAGCUACCAGACCCAAAAUAUCAACUCCAUAUGAAGAUGAACUUGAACUUGUAUGUAUAGCAGUGUUGGAAUUUAAUUUAUUGUACGUGUACGUCUGUUUUGAGAAUAAAUGU